AUGUUAAGAAGCUUUUCAUCAUUCGGAUCGUUCAACGUUUCAUCCUUCCAACAAGCAGGUUAUUUCCAAUGCAACUAUCAAAAUGUGAACAGGGAUGUGUCAUCUAAUGAUCCAUCAAAUUCUUCGACAACUGACAGUUCAACCAGUUCGAAAUCCAUCAAAUCUAAAAUACCAUCUAGUAGAAUCCAUUAUCAAGUAUGGUGUCCAUCAGAUUUAAAGAUUCGUGGUGUUGUAAUUAUUUGUCACGGACUCAACGAGCAUUGUCAUGGAAAAUCAGAUGGAAAACCAGCAUUUAUUGACGACUUUACAAUGUGGUUACAAAAUGGAAUUCAGUUUUUGGAUUUGAUUGCAAAUGGAACUCUACAUUUGAAUACUUGUGAUAAGGAAGGUAAAGAAAUAUUGUCUUUAUCAUUUUCUUCAGAAACAGAGUUGAAUAUUUCCAAAAAUAGAAAAAGUUUGACUUCUGGUUUAAAAAGAAAGUCAAAAUCAAGUGGAAAUAUGGAAACAGUUGUGGAUCAGAUAUAUUCACCUUCUAAAAUGAAAUCUAUAAUGGAAAUUAUAUCUGGUUUGGUGGAAGUUGAUCAUUUUCCAUCAGCUCAACCACUUUUACCUAAUCUGGAUAUUGCCAGACAAUCAGAUGUUGAAAGUUAUGAUGGAUUUGCUCAACAUGGAAAGAAUAGUACCUCUACAAGUCAACAUAAUCCAAGAAAACCAAUAUUCCUCUUUGGACAAGGAAUUGGAGCUACUGUGGCCAUGUACAUGUCCAUUGAAAGACCUGCAUUUAUUAAUGGAAUGGUUCUGAGUGCUCCUAUGGUUACAGUUCCAUCAGAAUUACAUGCCUUCCUCCAAAAAAUUGCAAAAGGAAUUGCCGCUUGUCUGCCAAACAUGUCUGUCAUGGAAUUGAAAUUACAAAAGAGAACUCAUAGUCAGGAAGAAAUUGAGAAUUUCAAGAAGGAUCCACUCACCAUUAAGGAAAAACUCAAAGCAAAAUGUUGUUUCCAAAUUCUUGAAAUGACCAAACAAUUCAAAGAUCAAGAUAUUUCCAAAAUUGGAACACCAUUUCUAGUUUUACAAGGAUCAGAGGAUGAAUAUUGUGAUCCAUCAGGUGCCAAUCUCCUCAUGGAGAAGACAACACUUGUUCAAGAUAAGGAAAUUGAAAUUUGUUCAGGUCUUUAUCAUGAUUUACUGUUUGAAGUUUGUUUCGAGAAUACGAUGAAUAGAAUUUUGGAAUGGAUUGAGAAGAGACAGAAAAAGAUUGAAUUUGGAUGGUGA